UUUAAAUUAUGCAGUAGAAAUAGGAAAUCAAAACUGACAGUUUCUGCUUAUUGAUUUCAUGAUUGAGAUUGUCAAAUAGUAAAGUGAUACUGAAAAUAAUUCAAUAUUUUGGUGUUUAGAAGAAUUGCCAGAACCUACAUUUUGUGUUGAGUGAGAAAAAUAGUCCAUUAGAUUAGAUUUAUUUCUGUGAUAGGAGAAGGAAACAGUUUCUGUAAAAAUGACUCAUUAUUCAGAGGGCAGAAAAAAAUUUUCUCUCUCUCUCUGAAAUUAGUAUUUUUCUUACACUGCACAGGAGAAACUAUUUUGUAGUUCCAGGACAGGCAGCAGUGUAUGGAAGUAGAGAGAUUUGGAGGUGGGUUGGUUUAGGGAGGUAGUCUGGAAGAGUGUCCAAUUAGUUGUUUAUUUUUUGCAUAGUACUUGCCAAAUCAAUGGAAGAUAGUUUCCUACAGAAUAUUGUUUGCUUUUUUGUCUGCUUUAGUUUUCAAGAUACGGAGUUUAAAGAAGAGAGCUUUACCAAUGGAACAGGGGGUUAAAAUGGAGUCCACAUGUCCUGUCAGAAGCCAGCAGCCCUGCCCUGGUCAUUCAGUAAAGUGCAAUAAAACAUGAAUCUUCUACAACGGAGGAUCCAGCACCGCAGGAAUUUGCCUGAGGAGAAUAGCUGACCACCUCCUUGGACCAGCCUCCAAGCUGCGAGUCGGGCAGGCCGAGGCAACAUAAAGGUUACAAUGUUCAGCCUGAAUGGUGCCAGAAGUGAGGGAUAUGUCCAAGAGUUGUUCCAUGAGGAAGCACAUCAGGUCUCUCAAACGCAGACCAAGCCCUGGUGGAAGAUCCAGCUCUUUGUGUGGGAGCCAGUGCUUUUUGGAACAUGGGAUGGAGUCUUCACUUCCUGCAUGAUCAACAUUUUUGGAGUGGUUCUUUUCCUGAGGACAGGAUGGCUUGUGGGAAACACUGGCAUUGUAAUGGGCAUGUUUCUGGUGUCCUUUGUCAUCCUGGUUGCUCUGGUGACAGUCUUAUCUGGAAUUGGGGUGUGUGAGAAGUGCAGCGUCGGAAGUGGAGGGGUCUACUCCAUGAUUUCUACUGUCCUUGGCGGUCAAGUAGGGGGCACCAUUGGCCUCCUUUAUAUUUUCGGCCAGUGCGUUGCAGGUGCCAUGUACAUCACUGGCUUUGCAGAGUCCAUUGCAGAUGUCCUGAGCCUCAGCAACAUCUGGGCAGUGCGUGGGAUCUCCCUGGCUGUCUUGCUGGGCCUGCUGGGGAUCAACCUGGCUGGGGUGAAGUGGAUCAUCAGGCUCCAGCUCCUGCUGCUCUUCCUGCUGGCUGUCUCAACGCUGGACUUUGUCAUCGGGUCCUUUACACACCUUGAUCCAGAACAUGGCUUCGUCGGCUACUCUGAAGAGCUUAUGUUCAACAACACGAUGCCAGACUACAGCCAGGGGGAGUCCUUCUUCACUGUGUUUGGAGUGUUUUUCCCAGCUGCCACAGGUGUGAUGGCUGGGUUCAACAUGAGCGGAGAUCUCCAGAAGCCUGCUACCAACAUCCCCCUGGGGUCUCUGGCUGCUAUUGGCACCUCGUGGUUUCUGUACAUGGUCUUUGUUUUUUUGCUGGGAGCCAUUUGUACCCGUCAGUCGCUCCGCUAUGACUUCAUGAUAGCAGAGAAGGUAUCCUUGGUGGGUUUCUUAUUUCUACUAGGGCUGUACAUCUCAUCCCUGGCCUCCUGCAUGGGAGGGCUGUAUGGAGCACCCAGGAUCCUGCAGUGCAUUGCCCAGGAGAACGUGAUCCCCAGGCUUGCUUUCCUUGGACAUGGGAAAGGACCCAACAAGACUCCAGUGGCUGCAAUUUGCUUGACAAGUCUCAUCACCAUGGCUUUCAUCUUCAUUGGGCAAGUGAACGUUCUUGCUCCUAUUGUCACCAUUAACUUCAUGUUGACAUAUAUUGCUGUAGACUAUUCCUAUUUCUCAAUCUCCUUGAGCUACAACGUUCAGCAGAAACCUGACAAGACCCAGGUGGAAAACGCUAGACCUCCUCACUCUUCCCAGCCUUUAAUUUUCAACAAGCCCUCCAGCCAUGCAGCAGAUGGAGUAAUUCAAAGCAGAUCAAAUGGCACCUUGCUGGAAUUCUCAAAAGACAUGGACCAGCUUUUUAAACCAUUUCGUAGCAAGCCAGGUGCUUGCAAAAAUGAAGAAGCCAAGAAUUUAACCCAGAAGGUCAAACAACAGAAGGCAAAGAAGCCAGCCAAGCAGACAUUACAAGACAGCUUUCUGCUGGAUCUCCAUCACGAUACUCCCUCAGCUCAGUAUGGCUGGGAUGAGACCACAGAGCCCCACAAUGACACCUGUGAGGUCCUGGCUAAGCAAGGCUGUUGGCAUGAUGCAGGUCCAUGCUCAUCAUCCCCUGUGGAUGACCAGUGGACACCCAGGCUGCUGGAGCAGAGAGAGCAGCUCUGCAGCGAGGCGCCAGCGUUCCCCGGCCAGAGAGGAGUAGAAUCAUCUAUAAAGCAACAAAAUCCAGAGCUGGGAAUUCAGCAGAUACCAAAAUCCUUGUACUCUAGAUUCUGCAAUCAUUGGGUUUCCUUUGCUGGUGCAAUCAUGUCCCUCAUCAUAAUGUUUGUGAUUCAGUGGAUCUACACCCUUGUCAGCCUGGGUGCUGCAGUUAUUGUGUAUUUCUACAUUGGCCAAGUGAGCCCAGGACUCCCUCUUGGAGCAGCAGCGAAUUUCAGCUUCUUUGGCUGGAUUAAGUCGGUUUUGAUCACCUUGUGCAGGAGAAGGCCAUCUCCCAAGGAGCAGAUCGUGGUGACACCAUCCUUUGCAACACUUGGCAUGGAGACCACACAGCUCACCGAGGAGAAUGCAGACUUCGCCUCGCGGGACCGCUAUCACCAGUCCUCACUUUUCAGCAGAGAGGAGUUUGGGAAUCGAUUCCAGUAAAGGACACAAAAAUCAAGCCCUCAUUUCAAAAAGCAUUUAGAAAUGCUAAUGGCUACCACAGUGCCAUGUGAAAUACUUGAAUAUAUAUGAAAAGGAUGUGAAUAGUUAUUUAUAUAUUCAAGGCUUGUUUGUUUAUGCAAACUACAACAUUGAUGGGUUUCAAAUCUUACCCAAAAUGGGGAAAAAAAUGCAAAUGAAAGGGCCAGUCCAGGGAAGUGAUGAGUUACUGAGGACAAUAUAAUCCUUUUAAAGAAUUCAAUUAUAAGUGCUAUUGAGCUCUAAAGACCAUUGCCACUAUAAAAGCGUGCAACACCCCAUUUCAAAUGUCCUCUGGGUGACCAAGGACACUUUGUGCCUGAGAGUGGUGACCUCACCAGCAGGAGCCAGUGCCCCAUACCCAGCUGUGACAUGGAUGGAUGCAGCCUUCCAGGUCAAUUCACUUCUCCUCUCAGCAUGAAUCUGCCUGCUUGUAAUACAGUAAUUUUCUACCUCAGCAUUUUAAUAACCAAGGUCUUAGAAAGUACUUUAAGGCAUUAGACAAUAGGCCAGAAUCAGUGGCAAGUGCAAGAAGAUUAUGAAAUACAUUCACAAUUGGAAUCGCACAUUUAAAUGCAGUAACGCAGUGUAAUGACCUCUACUGUAAAACUGUGAAAUGAUGUCUUAGCAGCUGUUCAUAGUGAUUUCCCGCAUUCUUUCUGAUGUAAUACCUGGGACCUGACAACAUAGCUGAGUCCAAAUAGAAUGUCUCCUGGCUGAAGGAAUAGAUGGUUCAGAAGUGCCUUAGCAAAAUACAUUUACCCUCAUCUUUACUUAAAGCCCAUCCCAUAGUGAGCCCCUGCAAGGAGCCAUUCCUCCCGCUGGCGUGAUUUGUGAUUUGCAGAGAUUCAUAAGGGGAUGCUGCAGGAUUUCCUGUGCAGACCUUAGGGUUGGUGAGCAGUGGCUGUGGGGCGAGGUCUAACAUGGACACCCCCAUCACUGUCACUUCUGCUUCCCAGGGAAAAAUCCGUCUGUUGAGUGCUGUCUUGCCUGCAGGCAGCAGUCUUGGCAGAAACUUGUAGAGGUGCGAGGGAGGGAUCUGGAUUGAGGCAAGCCACAGCACCACAAAUCAGUUCUGAUGCUACCAGGAGGGGGAAAUCACUGCCUUUCCCUUCCUUUCAUCUCUAAUUGUUUCAGCCUUUAGAUUAUUUAUUUCUCCUUCUGUGCAAUAAAAACCUGAGACACGAGGAACUCCUCUCCAUGCUUGCUGUGAUGACACUCGAUGCCUUUGAGCACCGUUCUGCUUGCCAGCACUCGGCACCCUGGUGUUACCAGCCAUGGGGGACCCUCUCCUUCCCAUCUUGUGGUCUGGCCAGCUGCAGCUUUGGCUCUUCCUCUUUUCUUACAGAGGGAGGCAAAGGAGACUUUCUGAUAAGAUGAAGAAUAGAGCAAUCCUUGUGCACUGCAGAAAGCAUAUCCAUUUUUUCAAGGUUGUAGGUCUUUUACUAAGUGUUUUUAACCUUAAUUAUUUCAGUAGAGGCAAGAGGGAAGUUAUGCUGAGUGGCCACCUAAGCCACUUCAAGUCAGUCAUUCUGUGUUGGAAACACUCCUUCCAGGGUUCUUUCUUUCCAUUGCCUUUUGCCUUUGGUUUCCAAAGACUCUGGAUCUUGUGGGGAUGUGGCUUGAUGCUAAAGCUUCCCCUGGGUUCUCUGGGAGCAGUGGCUCCAGAGUCCUCCCUGUGCUUGUAGCAUCCUCAACCUUGGCAGCUACUGCUGUCAUGCAAACUUCAAACACUCCUUUGUGCUGAUCCACUGCUGGCAAGCUUCACGGUGCUGUGUUAUCCCCUGUUACAGUGUGAUACACAACCAUAAUGCCAUUACUGUAAAAUCUUGUAUUUCAUGAAGUCCUGUCACAUC